CCACAUUUUCUGCAGACUGCUCAACGCGUAACGAGGAAGAAACAAUACUUAUAGCUCUACAUUCAGGCUCAUUUCCCACACAGGAUAUCAACCAUCCAUGAGCUUCAUUUUCUGUUUUUCUUCUUCAAAUAUCGCCUAGCUAAACCGAUUCGUAGCUAUAAAGCCAUUUAGCAAGAGCUCGUGUUGGAGUGGGCGUGUCCGUUUGUUGUAUGUACAAUAUUUCCAUUGAUAAUUAUUACCCUAUUCAGUGGUUGUUAUUCGAUACUAUUUCACGCGAAUCAUUAUUCAUUACUCUAUAGACUGUAAUAGUGACUCUGCAAACACAUUACUGGAUAUCACCAUCACCGUUAGUCCGAAAGCAAAUAAUCGAAACUAUUCUACGAAAGAAUCGUUCUAUCAGUAUCAACUGAAGCCUGAAAAUUGUUGGUUUUUAUAAAAGGAGGUUUGAUAGCAAUUUGACAGGGUGCGGCACAUUAUCUUUCAGAGAGGAAUACCCCUGACUUCAGUCUCGUUUUCAUCGUUGCUUUACGAAAAAUAUCACCAUGUCUCGUGCAGCACCAAGUGGAAUCAACAAGGAUAUUGCUGACAAGAAAGCAGCCAAGUAUCCCAAAGAUAUUGAGAUAGGAGCAAGGAAAUGGGUAGAGCAGGUUGUAGGAGAACCACUCAAGGACCAGGAGAUUGGAUCGCAUCACUUCGCAGAAUCACUCAAGGAUGGUGUGGUAUUGUGCAAAUUGAUCAACAAAAUCGUCGCUCAUUUUGGCAGUCCUCAAAUUAAGAAGAUCAACACUUCUUCCAUGGCAUUUAAGCAGAUGGAGAACAUUGGUAACUUUGUGAAAUUUGCAGAGGAAUUUGGCGUUCCUAAAGAGUCCCUCUUCCAGACGGUGGAUCUGUAUGAAGAACGAGAUGUGGGCAUGGUGGUGACGUGUCUGGAUCGACUGGCCGGGGUCGCUACAAAGAAAGGGUACCCCAUCCAGUGGGGAAUCGCUGUCGCUGAUCCCAACAAGAGAGACUUCACCAAGGAACAGUUGGAGGCAGGCAAGAAUAUCAUUGGUCUCCAGGCCGGCACCAACAAGGGAGCCAACCAAUCGGGAAUCAGCUUCGGCAGCCAAAGAAAAAUGUGAACCAAUCAGGAAUCGGCUUCGGCAGCCAAAGGAAAUUGCGACUGAUGCCGAGACGUACACACUUGUUAAAGACAUUGCUAGUGUUGAUUAGGCAUUUCCUGUAUUACAGGAGACGGUCGUCUGCGUAGAGCUGGAAAGAUGAUGAUAUUUGGGCAAAGAUAUGUGGUCUGAACUCGUGGAAGUCGUCAAUCAUGACCCUUGCUGUAAGACUGAUAGAUGGUCUGUCUAGUAUAUGUAUUAUAACCCACCUGGAUGUCCUCAGAAAACAACAAUUUUGAUUGAUUGAUUUUCUCUCUCUCCACAAAAGCAUACAUCUUGAGCAAAUGAGAAUUUAAUGACAAAAUUUACAUUAACAGUUUUACAAAGAAAUACAGUAAACAGAGGUACCCAGAGUAUCCAACGCAAUGUCCGACUCUACAAAAUUACAUUAAUUCAAAAAGUCACCUCUUCGGUCGAUAAUAUUUCAAACUGCUUUUAAUAUUUU